AUGGACCCCGGGCCCCCGCCAUUGAACGGUGAUUUGAACGGCCGACUUGUCCGAAACGUGGAGCCCCAAGGUUAUAGUGCGGAUUUCGUUUCUUUCACCGCCCACGUCCUCCAGGGCCGCGAUCACGACACCGUCAAAACGUUCUCCAACCUUCUUAACUCGGUCCAUCACCCAUACGCCGGAGCCCGUUGUUCUGCCUCUCCAGGAAGCUCAGCGGAUUACAUCUCUACCCGAUAA